CUGGCUCUGCUCCAGUUCUCCUUCAUUUUUGUUCCCCUUUUGUCAGAAGGCGCUACUCCUCUGGACAGACUGAACCGGAUCCACAGUGGCAGGAUGACAACUUCUCGGGAGGUUCUCCUGAAGGUUUUGGAGAGCUUGACGACUGAGGACUUCAAGCGUUUCAAGUGGUUCCUGAAAUUGAGCGAACCAGAAGACAGUUCCUCCCCCAUCCCGGAGGCCCGGCUGGAGAGGGCUGACCGGCUGGACACGGUGGACCUUAUGGUGCAAACGUACGGCUGGCCCGGGGCUGGACGGAAAAGCGCCAGGAUUCUGGAGAAAAUCCCCCGGAAUGACCUGGUGCUGGAACUGAGAGACCUCGAGAACCCCGAUUCUGAUUCUAUCAAAGGGGAAUCUAGCACAAAGAAGGCCAGAGUAGUGCGGCUAAAGGCUGACAUCCAGUUGAUGAUACAGGAGAGACAGAAGAUGAUUGGUCAAAUUCACCGCUCAGCAGAAAUCAGCCGGAUAUCCUCGGCCCGGCAGACCGCAGACACUGUGCAGGUGUUCACGGAUCUGAAGAGGUCAGUGGAGUCCAGUCUGGCCCGCGUGGUCCAGCAGAUUGAGUUAAAGCAGAGAACCACCCAGAAGCAGGCCGAAGCCAUCAUCCAGAAGCUGGAGCUGGACAUCUCCCAGCUGAGCCGCAGAGCAGCGGAGCUGGAGGCCUUUCCCCACCCGGAGGAUCCCCUCAGCCCCCCCCUGCACCCCCCAAAAGAGGAGGGGCUUCCCCAGCCGUCCUACGGAACCAUUGUGAUGAGCACGGUCAAGGAGCUGAGGGACAAACUCAACGCGGAGCUGGACACGUUCCUCCGUAGGUCCAAGCUGAUCCGGGUCCGGCAGUUUGCGGGGGAGGUGACCCUGGACCCGGACACGGCCCACCCCAGCCUGGUCCUGUCUGAGGACGGGAGGCAGGUCCACUGCGGCCGGGAGCAGAGAAACCUGCCCGACGGCCCCGGACGCUUCAGCUCUGCGGCCAACGUCCUGGGUCAGCAGGAGAUCUCCACAGGGAGGCUCUACUUCCAGGUCCGGGUCGGAGGGAAGAGCGCCUGGGAUGUGGGCGUGGUCAAGGAGUCGAUUGGCCGGAAGGGGUCGAUCACAGCACACCCCAGAUGCGGAUACUGGACCAUCGGGCUGAGAGACGGGCGGGAUUACAAAGCCUCCGGAGUCCACCUCCCAGUGGGAGCCCCGCCGGACAGAGUGGGGGUGUUUGUGGAGUAUGAAAAGGGCUCUGUCUCCUUUUAUAACGUGGAUUCCUCAGAGCUUAUUCAUUCUUUCACUAAUUGCUCCUUUUCCGAGAAGCUCUACCCCUUUUUCAGUCCCGGCACCCAUCGGAACGGUCAGAACUCAGCCCCUUUGGUCAUCUCUCCGGUCAGCAACACCGAUUAG